AUGCGCACCGUCACCCCAAUGAGGUCCCUGGCCUUCCUCGCCGUCCUCUCCUGCCUCCUUGUCUUUGCGCUCGUCCCGCGAUACGACCUUCUUGACGAAGGCCCAAAACACGCUCACGUCGCCCCUCCGCAGACCACAACCACCCCCGCCCAGGCCACGUCCUCCCCCGCGACCACGUCCACGCCGCAGGAGACCACCACCACCACUCCCGCAGCUACCACCUCUGCCCCCGCCACAUCGGCCACCCCGACCUCGUCGUCCACACCCGCACAGCAGGCAUCCAGCCCUCCCGCCCAGCAGACCUCAAACGCCGCCCAACAGACCUCGUCCACCCCGACGCCCACCCCUUCCUCCUCUGCGUUGAUCACCACAAAUGCCCAGGGCGAGCAGGAGACCACCAUCGUCGUCGUGACCGCCACCCCGUCCGAGGCUUCCUCCGCGAGUCCCUCCGCUACGUCAGCCGCCGCCACCUCCUCGAAGAGCUCCGACGGCGUAUCCUCCUCCACCAUCAUCGGUCUCUCCGUCGCGGGCGGCGUCGCCGUCAUCGGCAUCUUCACCCGCAAACGCUUCGGCGAUGACCUCGACGACAACGAGGCGAUCAAGUGGCCCGACCUCAACCAUCACGACGGCGGCGUCGUCCCCCUCUCGACCAACCAAACCGGCCGCUCCGGCUUCGACACCAACUCCGAGGUCGACCUCUCCCGGAACAACUCCCGCUCCGGCGGCUACGCCGGCUCCAUCGCCGCCACCUCCACCGCAGAGCUCUUCCCCGGCGGCGCCCCCGAUCCGUACGCAGUUCCGCCGCUCCCGCACCUGAACCCAAACCAGCCUUACCUCGACGACCCCAGCUCCCGCUUCUACGACCCCUACCGCGGCCCCGUCCCCCAGACCUUCGGCGGCGCACACCCCCAGGACCCGGCCUACCCCGGCGAGGCGAUCCCCAUGACACAAAUGGCAGCCCAGCGCGCCCGCAGCCCCGGCCCCGGCAUCGCCUACGACGUCGCCGCCGGCCGCGCGUCCCCGCAGCCCUCCAUGCCACCCGGCCGCCGCUCCCCGGGCCCCCAGGCCGCGUACGCGUACGGCGACAUGCGCGUCGCGAGCCCCGCCCCGCUGUACGGCGGGCCCGGCCUCCCGCCCCCGGGCAGCCCCGCGCCCAUGUACGGCGCCCCCGGCCUCCCGCCGGCGGGGCGCGCGUCGCCGGGCCCGCAGGCGGCGUACGGGUACGGUCCGCCGCAGUAGUAGUAAGGCGCCGUGCGCGGCCUUGCGAGGCGAGGCGAGGCGAGGCGGGAUCGGCGCUCCGCGGUGGCGUGUGGGGCUGCGAGCUCGGUGGCGGUGGAGCGGGGAGAUGUGUAUAGGGCGUGACGGUCGUGUUGGGCGGGCGGCGGGCGAGGCGGCAGGCACGGGCAUGGGCAUGGGCAUGGGCAUCACGGGCAUGGACCGGAAGAACCGCGCUGGACGGCGAUGGAUUCGUCGUUUGCGGGGAAUGUCGAUAACCUGCGUCGAUUUUUUUUUUUGUUUGUUCUUUACUACUACACUCUUACGCUUCCUCCGUUCCUUCCCCUGCAUUCCUUUUCCUCGUCUCCGGGCCCGUCUCGUCUCUUGCAUAUGCCGCGGAUACCCUCCCCGCUGCCCGCUCGCCCGCUCGCCCGCUCGUACCGCGCCGACGGGAGCGAGUGCCGCGCGGCGCGAGCUGGUCGUCGCGUUCUAAUCUUCGCCGAAUGUCCAUACAUAUCCCAUACCCCACAUCCCAUAUUCCGUAUCCAUACACUUUUUUUCCCGUU